AUGUUACAUUUAGUCUCACUACUAUUACUUAUAACAGUUGCAUCAGCAAACCUUUUCGACUUCAUAAACAACCAGUUCGGCGGGGCUAAGCAACACGCUCAAGGGGUUAAAAAUCCACAGGAGUAUGAGAACUUAAUGCUCAACACACAAUGUAACAAGUAUUUAUGUCCUGAUACUGGAAUCUGUGUUGAAUCACCUAAGUUUUGUCCCUGUCCAUAUCCAUCGUCUCAAUUAAGAUGUUUUUUGCCGGAUGGAAGGUACAUUUGCAUAUCGAAACCAGCAGGUGAAGGUAUAUCAGAAAAGUAUGAUGAUCCAACCAGUAAUUUUAAAGUUGAUGCUAAAGAUGACAACAUACGUGACUGCGGAUGGGUCAGUAGAGCAUGGAGAGGGUUGUGA